AUAGAAGGGAGAAAAAAAAAUGAAAAAUCAGUAGAAACCUCCCGUCUCCGGUGUGGAUAAUCUUCCAGUUCGCAGGUGUUCGACGAAAAAUUGAUUCAGAAAGUUGCGAUCCGAAUGGUGAUCUCCGGCUCUAGAUUUGGAAGGAGGCGUUGGAUUGGGCAAAGAACAUGGCGCAAUCGAUUCCCCUUCAGAAUCUCUUCCCGACGAAUCUUUCGUCUCACAAUCCUAUGCCUCGCUUUGAUCGCAAUUCUGCCUCCCAUUUUCUUCCAUUUCAAGCUCAAGCGCUUUCAGCAGAUGCAACAAGGGAAGUGCAAAUGGAUGAAUGAUCCUCCGCUUGUGUGUGCUCAUGGAGGCGACUCAUCCAAGGCCUUUCCGAACACUAUGGAUGCAUAUAGCUUAGCGCUGCGUUCUCAAGCCAACUGCAUUGAAGUUGAUGUUUCUCGCUCUUCAGAUGGAGUCUUAUUUGCACUUCAUGACAGGGACUUGCAGAGGAUAACUGGAUCAAAUACUUCUCAAGUUGGAAAUUUUAGCAUGAAAGAGAUAAAAAAUCUUGGAGCAUUUUAUCAACACACUAAUAAAUUGCUGGAUUUCAACAUUCCUACAAUUGAAGAAGCUUUAGUGUUAAUAUCAAAAUCAGUUAAGCAGGUGAUUCUAGAUGCAAAGAUUGGACCACCGUCAUAUGAAAAUGGGCUUGCAAAGGACAUCAUUUCUGUU